AUGCCGACAUCUGCAAUUCAUAUAGUAGCUGUUCAAUUGAUCCAGGGACCAACAUAUAGCAGAGAACACAAAAUUGUCCCAGUUGUUCAGCAUCGCCAGACGGAAGACGGAAUUUCCAAAAUGAAUCAUUCGCAAAUAUUGCCCACGUCUUCAACGGCUUAUAACAGUUCGACCGAUGCAAACGCUGGAUACGAUUAUGAUGGACUUAUGGCGCACGCCGUCAUUCCUAUUUAUAGCACUGUAUUUACUGUGGGAUUAUGUGGUAACGUGCUUGUUGCAUGUGUUAUGAUGAAGUACAUCAAAUUGAAAACAGUUCCAAACGUCUUCAUUUUCAGUCUCGCUUUGGCAGAUCUUUUGAGUAUGAUGGGUAUUCCGUUGAUGGCGUAUGCUCUAGUAUCACCAAACUGGCAACUAGGGGGCGCUGUUUGUAAGAUUCUUCUCUCCGUAGACGGACUGAACCAAUUCACAGGAAUAUACAUACUGACUACCAUGACCCUUGACCGAUAUCUCGCCAUAGUUCACCCAAUGACUACAACUAAUAUUCGCACCCCGACCAAAGCAAAGUGGAUAACGUUAUUGGUGUGGCUCUUCUCGCUAUUAAUCGUCCUCCCCUUAUUCAUUUACUCAGAUGUUGUUGAGAUUAGUGAAAACCAAAACGUGUGCACUGUUAUCCUUCCUGGUAAUUUUAACAAACAGCAUUUCAUAUUCUAUACGUUUAUUUUGGGUUUUGUAGUCCCGUUAACGGUCAUCGUAAUCUCGUAUGCAUUAAUAAUGUCUGAUUUGUCGCUUAGCAACAAAAACAUCCUAUCAACCAUGCAGAACGCUUCUAAGAAAGUCAUCAAAAUGGUGAUAUUGUACGUGUCUCUGUUUGUCAUCUGCUGGCUACCUUUCUACGUCAUCCAGUUUGUCAACGGGUUUUUCAUGGUAAAGAGAGACCAACCGCCCAAAUCGUUUGCAGUACUGCAUUUUCUGAGUGUUUGUCUUAGCUAUGCUAACUGCGCCAUGAAUCCCUUCAUACAUACCAUAAUAGGGGAGUCUUUCAGAACGCAUUUCAAACGAAUGUUGAGGGAUGUCAGAGAGCCGUGUGCGACUGGUUACACUGGUCGUGGCACUUAUUCGUCUGCAUUGGGCACAUCUCGAGGAGCCAGACACGGUGAAAACAAAUACAGAAAUAAGGAUACUCUAUGCACAUGCGACACAUCCCUAUAA